AUGGACUCCAGCAUCGCCCUGUUCCAGCGCUUCUAUGCCUGGGAGCUGCUGGAGAACUGCGGGACGGAGAAGGCGAGUGGCGCAGGCUCCAUCAGCCUAGACACGGAGAGCAGCGACAUCGCCCACGCGGCGCCGCGCGUCGCGGCGCUCGCUCCGAGCCGCCCCGGCCAUGCUCUGGUGUCCGGCAAGACAGUCUCGUGGCACCUCGCUGGCACGAGGCGCGUGGGCUUGCAGUGCCACGCCACGCAGGAGUUCGCCAUGGGCGGGCCGCUCCCUCUGGAUGCGCGUGCCGACGCGAGCUUCGAGGACGUCGGCGCCCAGGUGGGUGUCUCGUUGUACAUCUUUGGUUGCUUGGUCGUCUGGCGCAGCGUGCGCCUGCUGGUCGCCCCGGUCAGCGCGGCGGAGGCGGAUGUGAACUCGCUGGCCGUCGGCGAGAACGUGAGCGCUGCCGCUGCGGUCAACGCCAAUCGUUCCAGGAUGACACCCGGGCUGCUGGAGUUGCUGUUCGUCGCCGCCGCCAAGCAGCGCGCGGACGUGCCCGCGAAGUGCGGCGGGGCCCAGCGCGCGGCGAGAAUCCGGCAGCACUUCGGCCUUCGAGCUCUGUCCCGGGAGGGCAGAUUUGAUUUGUGAGUGGGCUACUUAGUUUUGCUCUGGAUGUUUUGAUCGGCGUGUAUUGUUGCGGCACGCGCCUAUAGUUGUGGACAUGUUUUUUAGAGGAAUCGGUCGCGCGCCCCCACUCCGUGCCAGGUUGCGCUGGCGCGAAUACGGAUGUCUGCAGCCGCGCGCCG